CAGGAGGGUAGGCCCCAACAUUCGGGGCCUUAUAGAAGCUUGAGCGAGCGAGGGUACUCCUCGUCGUACUCCUCCUCGCAAUACGGCUCGUAUUCCGGAUACAGCAACGUUCUACACGGCGACCAAUACCAAUAUCAACAGACUGGUAAUUAUUAUCAGUUGAAGGGCGGCUAUUACUCGCCUCAAAGCACCGGGCCGCCGUUCCCUGGUGUUCAAAGAUACGGAAGCUUGGCCGAGGAAGCCUGGUCGUGCACCACGAAAGACGAUUCCGGCAAUCCAAAGCCGAGCCCCAGGACUUAUCUGGCUUAG